GCAAACUUGUGUCAUCGCAGUCAAGGGUCAAGGAGGCGAUGAGAGGCAAGUAAGAACAAACAAAAAAAACUUCGAAACACACCUGUUGCUGCUUGGCAAUCAGUGGGAAUAUAUAAUCCUUGGAGUUUGAGACAUUUGACGUAUUCAUCCUUGUUGUCUGGGGCCUCUCACACUGCUUCAAAUGGCAGCACAAGGAAAGCAGAGGAGCCUUGCAGUGUUUGGCAUCCUGGUGGCUGCGGCUCUCCUCAUCCCGUCCUGGUGCCACAUGGGUAAACUCCAGUGCCACUUCUGCCCACUGCAGACCAAAGAGGCCCCGUGCUUCAACCUGACCACUGAGUGCUCGCCGGGCCAACACUGCGCCACCUCCAGGGGCUUCUAUGGAGCCUAUCACGCAUUGUCCCAACAGGGCUGCGUUGAUCGCCAGCUCUGCGACGGAGCCCCCCGGGUGGUUUCCUACAUGGGGGUUGAGUACCGGGUGAGGCAUGAAUGCUGCUGUAGGGACAAAUGCAAUAUGGCACCUGCGUCUGAGAGCGUCCUGAAGAUGCUGCUGAACAUCAUGGCAGAGAAGGAAGAGUAUGCUGCUCGUGUGCUGAGGAAGCGUCUCUGGGGGUCCUGUGAAGAUGACUACAAUACUCCUUCACCAUCAGCCUCUGUGUCAUAGUGUUCUGUCUGUGUGGGAAUCACUAUCAUGAUGUUUUGCUCCAGAGAGAAAAAGGUGGAUUUGUCAACCCUCCUGGAUUAUAUAGUAAAAGUAUUAAAAUCUGUAACUUUGCA